UUAAAAAAAAUAUCCCAUUAUUCCAGAUGUUGUGCAUAGUUUAAAAUCACUUUUUCAAUAAAAUUGCGGCUAAAUAUUUCUGCUAUAUAUUUUGGAGUUGAAAGUAACAAAAAAAUAAUUAAAUUGACACUAAUUAAUAAUCAGCUAUUAACAAAAGUGAUUGUUGAGCAAAUUUUUUUUCUUCUUCUAGAACUGAUCAUGAUAGUUGAUAAUUUAAUAAAUAAGACAAAAUAAACUGUCAAAAUGAAAUAAACUUUUUUUUAAAAUCAAAAUGCAUAUUAUUUAUAAAAUUACCAAUUAUCUUCGAAAGACAAUUCGUUAUAGAGUAAAUAGAUAAUUUUUAUAAAUUAUAAAAUAUUUCUUUUUAACUUUUAGAGAGAAUAGUAAUUAGAAAUAAACAUUUAUAAAUUAAAUAAGAAAGUUUAUUUAUAAUUUUUACUGAUUUACCUUAUAAGUAAAGAAUAUGUCUUAGUUCAUCAUUAAGCAAUUUUUUUAAAAAUAAAUAUUUCUUGAAAUAAAUUUUUUUCAUAAGAUAUAUGGUAUAUUGAAAGUGAGAAUUUGAUUGCCCUAGCAUAUAUUGGAAGUAUGGAUAGCUUUUUUGACGAAUCUUUCGAAAAUAUUUUGGAAAAUUUGACCGGACUUUAUAACUUUUCGUCAUUCAAUGAUACGUUUUAUGAUGAUGGAAUUCAGUUCUAUUAUUUUUACCAGACAGAGCAACUGACAUUUCUGUGGGUUCUAUUCAUCAUGAUUGUUGCUGGAAAUAGCGCGGUGUUAAUAGCAUUGUCAUUGUCAAAGAACAGGAAAUCAAGAAUGAACUUUUUUAUUAUGCAUUUGGCUAUUGCAGAUUUAACAGUUGGUGUCAUUAACGUUUUGACAGAUAUUAUUUGGAGGACAACUGUAGCGUUUUAUGCUAAUAAUGUUGCGUGCAAAGUCAUUAAAUAUUUACAGGCUUUUGUAACGUACUCGUCGACUUAUGUCCUGGUAGCUCUAAGUGUAGAUCGUUACGAUGCCAUUGCUCAUCCAAUGAACUUCUCAAACAGCUGGAGGAAAGCAAGAUUAUUAGUUGCUUCGGCGUGGGGUCUAUCAGCCAUCUUCUCCAUCCCAUCUAUUUUCCUGAGCUCCAAAGAAGAAGUGAAAGGCAUGCCACAAUGCUGGAUAGAUCUCCAGCAAUGGCAAUGGCAAUUAUACAUCAGUCUUGUAGCUAUCAGUCUCUUUUUUAUACCAGCACUGAUAAUAGCUGCGUGUUAUACUGUCAUUGUACACACCAUUUGGACAAAAAGUAGAUUGAUGAGUUAUCCUAAGCUGUCAAAAUCUUCAUCCAUUGUAGCUGAUAGCAAGAAAAGUUGUGUGAGUAAAAGUAAGAGUACUUGCAGCUCGGAUAAUGAAGCAGACAGGAAAAGAUCCAGCUCAAGGGGAAUAAUACCCAGGGCAAAGAUCAAAACCGUGAAAAUGACUUUGGUUAUUGUUUUUGUGUUUAUUUUAUGUUGGAGUCCAUACUUUGUGUAUGAUCUCCUUCAAGUCUAUGGGCAGAUUUCCGAUAGUCAGACAUCAAUAGCUGUAUCCACAUUCAUACAGAGCUUGGCCCCUUUAAACAGUGCAGCCAAUCCGAUGAUCUACUGUCUUUUUUCCACCCAUAUCUGCAGAAAUUUCAGAAGGCUGCCUAUCUGUAACUGGCUCGCCGAAAAGUUGUGCAUCUGUUUCCCUUCCUUCAAGAGUGGUGGACAUUCUAGAACAACAGAAUAUACCCUGUCCGAGACUUUAACGACUCAUCACAGAAAUUCCACUUUCCACCCAAUGACCAAUAUAAGACAACCCUUUUUCAAACAAUCAUCGGCUAACUCUGAAGAACAUCGGAGGGCAGUCAUGUUUGAUGAUGUCCCAGAAAGUUACACUACCAAAAACUCAAAACUGUAAAUCUGCCGUUUUUGGAAUAUUUCAACUUCUGGCAUGGCAUUUAUUUGUUAUAAAUUUUCAUAAUUUUAUUCAAAGACGGGAACAAAACAACAAUUUUACAUUUUCCAAACAGUUUAUUUAAUAAUUUUUUUAAUCGUUGUCAGCCUGAAAUAAUAAAAGAAAAUAACAACCAGGCAGAAAAAAAAUUCUUCGAAAAUUAUCAUUCUGUAUGGAAGUGAAAUUUAUGUUAAAGAAAACCGUAAUUCUGGUUAAUAAGUUCGAAACCCAUUUAUCCAUGGCUUUAUUAUUUAUUUAUCGUCUUUAAACCAUUCUUUUUGGUUAUAAUUCCGUUCAUAUGGAAGCGUUUUACCGGAAAUUCUGGAUUUCAAAAUUGCAGUUCUUAUUACACACUUUUAGUUAAAAAUACAAAACUGAAAAGUAAACUUAACCAAAUAAAUUGUUUUCAUGUCAUGGUCUAAGAUAUAUUGAUAAAAUUAUGAAAAUAUUACAAAACUUAUUAAAUUUUUUCCCUUAUAACAAAACAAUAUUUUAUUGUCAAUUACACCAAAAUCAUUAGUAACACAGUUCGGUAAAAAUUACUGAGCUUUUUCACAUUCCCAUGGAGCUAAGAACUUGCAAAAUUUGACCAUAUUCUGAUAAUUGUGUCCAUACUUUUUUCUCAGAGCGUAAAUAUGUACUUGUACAAUACGAAUGCUUCUUGUGCCAUAUUUGUCAGUUCAAUUGAGAAAUAAUCUUCAAUUAUUCUAAUUAAGAGCUGUAAUUGUAAGAAAAAAUUAAUUGGUUGAAAAUUUUCAAGAUAAAUUUAAAACUUAAAUAGAGUAAUCACACUAAGUAAGAAUUAACUUUGUAAGGAAGAAAUGAGUUAUAAUUUGACAUUCUUAAGCACAAUUAGAUUUUGUUUUACUGUUUUUGAACAUAUCAGUAGGUGCUAACUGUUAAUUGUAUACAAUCGUAUGUUCCAGUUAGUUGUCACAUCCCCAAGAUAUUGUAAAAUUUAAAAAUGUUUUAUUCUACUAAAAAAUAAUUUAUUAUUAUAGUGACUGUUUUAUUAUUGAUAUUUGCAAGAACCAUGGGCGUCGUUGGUGGGUAUAUGUCCCCCUCAAUAAUUAGAAAUCUCUAAAAGUCCUCAAGAUUUCAAUCUUCAAUCUUUCUCAAUAUCCAGUAACCUUUUCGUAGUUUUUCAAUAGAUGUAAAGCAUUUUUCUUAUGUGUAACAAAUAGAGAAUUAUUGUGACUAAGCAUUAUGCUUCCAUUCUCUUCAAAAAUUAAAAUCCUAGGACGCCCAUGGCAAAAACCCUGAAUCGUUUUUUUCUUAACGUAGUUUUGGAUAAGCUGAAUAUGAUUAGAUUUCAAUCAAUUAAAAGCAAUAGGUAAAUUUGUUUGAGCCGCUUUUAAAAAUAAAAAAUACAAAAUAUUUACAAUGAUUAAUAAUUAAUAAUAACUUCUCUUAAAAAAUUCUAUACAAAAUCUAGAUCAGUUUUUAAAUCUUAAUCAUUGGCUUUUAAAAUAUAAAUUGUUAUAUUGUAAUGAAAACAUAAAGCAUGUACAACAGUAACAUAACAAUUUAAGCUAAAUUUAAAAGAUAUAUUUUUUAGUUUUGUGCUUCUUCAACAGAUCAUUAAAUGUUUCUUUAAAAAUUAA